AUGUCUUCAGAGGCUGGUCCUUCACACGAAGACACAUUGAAUUUGUACAAGAAAAUGCUCUUGGGAGGAUCAGCUGCAAUCAUUUCGAAGACAACAACUGCACCCAUUGAUCGAGUUAAACUCAUUUUACAGGUUCAACCGACAAGCACCGUUUCGUUAGCUCAAUAUGAGGGAAUGCGGGAUUGUUUCAGAAAACUAUUUAGAGAACAGGGUAUUCUAUCAUUAUGGAGAGGUAAUUCAGCAGGAGUGGCUCGAUGUUUUCCCAACCAUGCUUUGAAUUUUGCAUUUCGAGAUGUAUAUCGUACAAUUUUUUUGAAAAAUGUCGAUCGAAAUCAAAAUUUUGGACGCUUCUUCUUUGGCACUGUAGCUGCAGGUGGAGCUGGAGGAGCAACAACUUUGAUCAUCCUCUAUCCAAUGGAUUUUGCCCGAACAAGGAUGGCUGUGGAUUGUAAACGUGAUGGUUCUAAAAGAUACAAAAGUAUGACAGAAUGUCUCUUCAGAAUACAGGAAAUCGACGGAUAUUUGAGCUGGUAUCGUGGAUUUUGUGCAUCACUUUAUUUCGUUGUUGCUUCAAGGGCUGUUUUCUUUGGCCUUUUCGAUACAAUUCGAACUCAUUUCACUCAUCGAGGCGAACAACUAAAUUUUGUGUUUACGUGGAUGAUAGCGCAGAGCUGUUUAAUGGUUUCUGGACUUUCUUGCUAUCCAUUGGAUUCGGUGAGAAGAAGAUUAAUGGUUCAAGCUGGAAAAAAACGUAAACAUUACCGGGGAACUAUGGAUUGUUGUCGAAAAGUCUACAGAUCUGAAGGCUUGUACGGUUUCUACAAAGGAGCUCUCACAAAUUCGCUAAGAUCAACAGGCGGAGCUCUGAUCAUCACACUUUAUUAUGAAAUGAUCAAAUAUCUA